AUCCUUUUAAUUGUGGAAAAUAUCAAUUCAAUCAUUUAUUUUUGCAGAUCUGCUUCUGUCACACAUCAAUUCAUCUUCAGUGAAGCUUCUCUGACAGGACAUUACCAAUAAAUGCUGGAAUAUUUUCAUCAGCCUAAGAGUGAUGAAGACAGAGUUGAACAGUGAGAACAUGAAUGAUCCAGAAUCCUGUAGAAUAAAACAUGAAGAUACUGAAGAACAAAGAGACCUGAUGGAAGAAUCCGAGGAGAGUGAAGAAUUUACUGAAGAGAAGGAGAAACAUGAUGCCAAAUCUGUUAAACAAAAUUCAAGCCACACACUGAAAAGAAGUGCUACACAAUCUUUUACCUGCUCUCAGUGUGGAAAGAGUUUCUCAUACAAACAAAAUCUGAAACAUCACAUGAGAAUUCACAGUGGAGAGAAGCCGUUCACGUGUGAUCAGUGUGGGAACAGUUUCACGCGAAAAGGAUCUCUUGAAGAACACAUGAAAAUCCACACUGGAGAGAAGCCGCACACAUGUGACCAGUGUGGGAAGAGUUUCAGACAUGCCAGCACUCUUAAAUCACAUCUGCGUUCUCACUCUGGAGAAAGACCAUAUAACUGUGAUCAGUGCGGUAAAAUGUUCUUAAGGGCAGAAUCCCUCAAGAGCCACCUGAAAGUUCAUUCAAAGGAGAAGCCUCAUGUUUGUUCUUUGUGUGGAAAGAGUUUUAGUCGGCUGAACGCUUUUAAAAUACACCAGAAAAGACACAGCGGUGUGAAGAAUCACAUAUGCUUUGAUUGUGGAAAAUCCUUUAUUAGAGAUGCUGAACUGAAACAGCACCAGAAAACUCACACUGGAGAAAAACCUUACAAGUGUUCACACUGUGACAAGAGAUUCAGUCAGGCAGGACACAUGAAAAUACAUGAGAGGAUCCACACUGGAGAGAAACCGCACACAUGUGAUCUGUGCGGGAAGAGUUUUGCACAUUUAAACUCUCUUAAAUUACAUCUGCUUUCUCAUUCCGGAGAAAGAAAGUAUAACUGCGAUCAGUGUAAUAAGAAAUUUGUUAGGGCAGAUUGUCUGAAGAAUCACCGGAAAGUUCAUAGAAAGGAGAAGCCUCACGUGUGUUCUUUGUGUGAAAAGAGUUUUGGCCCUAUAGGCAAUUUUAAUACACAUCAGGAAAGACACAGCGGUGUGAAGAAUCAUAUGUGCUUUGAUUGUGUGAAGACCUUUAUUACAGAUAAUGAACUGAAACUGCACCAGAGAAUUCACACUGGAGAAAAACCUUACAAGUGGUCAGCAUCUUUGAAUAUACAUGAGAGGAGCCACACUGAAGAAAGGCUGUAUCAUUGUGGAAAGAGUUUUAGUAAAUUAGCUUUUCUACUCAGUCGUACAGAAAACAAACACUUUUAAGACAUGUAUUUGGUAUCUUUAUUUUAACUUUUUCUUCAUCCUUAUGAUUAGAUCAUCUAAUCACUUGACCACUUCAGACAUAUUUACCAAAUGCAGAUGCGAGAUAUACUGCAACGAUGGGGAAAUAUUUUAUUUUAUUAUUCCUAAUGCUUUACAACAACUUUGUAUACAUUAUCAUGUUCAUGUAAAGUAUUACAUUCUAAAAGAGGUAUCUUUAAAUAAUGAAUAUUUUUGCACACAUUUGUUUUU